AGUUAUUCACACGUUUGUUUUAUGUGUUAUUAUUUUAUAUACGCAUUUGUUGGAACUUGGAAGUUCGGGUAUAUCUCUACUUUUCAUUCUACAGAGCUACAGUUAAGUUUUUAGUUGUGUGUGGCUUUUGACUUGCCGGUACCUAAGUUUUUUGCCGGCGGUUGCACCGAUAUGGUUACAUUCUGGGAUAUUGCCAUAUACACACUACGAACCUCUGGUUAUACUUCACUGAUAUCUAAUCACAAUUAUAGCAAGAACAUCGGGUAGGAAUAUCUCACUUUCUCACUGCAAACAUAAUAUAUAAGCAAUCUGCAACUGCUGGUGUCUGGUCACUGGUUUUCACUUACAACGUACAAAACCCACCAUGACGAAAUCCAAGGGUAUGCUUAUACUUAUUGCAUUCGUUUUCACUCUCGUGUUUGCUUCAACUUCUUCAGCAAAUGUCACUACAACCACAAUUACCAGUCUACCGGGUUACUCCGGCGACCUCCCUUUCACUUUCGAAACUGGGUACGUUGGUGUAGGUGACGAUGAAGAAGUGCAGCUGUUUUACUACUUCGUCGAGUCUCAGAGGACUCCAGCACAGGACCCUCUGCUGCUGUGGAUCCCUGCAGGGCCUGGUUGCUCUGGUCAGAUUGUAUUCUUCUUUGAGAGUGGACCGCUAGAAUUCAAAUAUAGUGAUUACAAUGGGAGCCUACCAACACUUCAUGACAACCCUUAUACAUGGACAAAGAGCCUCAAUCUCUUAUACGUGGAUGCACCAGUUGGUGCUGGAUACUCCUACUCAACAACCCAAAGUGGUUAUGUAUUGGACGACUAUAAGCAUGUGGCACAACUCUAUGAAUUUUUGCAGAAGUGGUUGGAUGCACACCCUACUUAUUUGAAAAACAUACUCUACAUUGGUGGUGAUUCUUACUCUGGAAUGCCAGUUCCCAUGCUCGCACAAACAAUAAUAAACGGAAAUGAAAAUGGAAGUAUCCCCAUGAUGAAUUUCAGAGGAUAUGUGAUUGGGAACCCAGUAACUGAUACAGCAGUCGAUGGUAAUGCACAGAUUCCUUAUGCUCACCGGCUGUCUCUAAUAUCAGAUCAACUGUAUAAGUCUCUUAAAACAAGUUGCAACGGCGAAUAUGUAAUUGUGAAUUCGAGCAAUCAUGCAUGCAUUGCAGAUCUCGAUGCCUUUGAUGCACUCACUAGUGACAUAAACACAUUACAUGUCUUGGAACCAUUAUGUAGUAAUGGUUUACCUACACAAAAGGAGAUGGUUCUGACGAGGAGAUAUCUCAAGGAAACAGCUACCGGUUUACAAAGAUCACGACCUAACGGCCCUGCACUUUGGUGUCGGAGUUACCGUAGCAUGCUCAACACCAUUUGGGCUAACGACAAAGGUGUUCAGGAUGCUCUUGGUGUCCGAAGGGGAACGAAAAGGCUUUGGCAACACUGUAACACCACACUGGACUACACUGAAGAUGUCACCAGCGUAGUCAUUUAUCAUCAAAGUCUUUCAAAAAUGGCUGAUCUACGUGUUCUGAUAUACAGUGGUGAUCAUGACAUGCAAGUUCCUCAUAUUGGUACACAAAGAUGGAUAAGCACACUGAAUUUGACUGAGGAUGAAUCCUGGAGGACAUGGUCAGUUGAAGGCCAAACUGCAGGAUACACGAAGAAGUUAAUCAAUGGAUAUAUGACUUUGACAUAUGCGACUGUAAAGGGAGGAGGCCACAUUGCUGCAGAGACAAAGGUCAAGGAAUGCGCUGCCAUGGUUGAUAGAUGGAUGGCUUACUACCCUCUCUAAUUAUUCUGGGUUGAAGUAUGAGAACGAAAAUAAUCACCAUAAUCUACCUUGUCUUAUUUUUAUCUUCUCCAUCUCAACAAAAAUAGGUUAAAAAAUUCGAUCAGAUAAAAAAA